GGGGCCGGCCGGAGCCGUGUGGAAGGAGGAGCGGCGCGCGCGGCCGGACCCCGCGCUUCGCCCCCGGCCUCGAGCCGCGCCCGCGAGUCUGAGGUGGAAGCCUAAAUUUUGAUCUAUGUCCCCUGUACAUCAGCUGCCUGAAAGUACUUCAUGAUCACAUGACUGUGGACAUGGAUGCAGUCCUCUCAGAUUUUGUUCGUUCUACAGGAGCAGAGCCAGGGUUGGCCCGUGAUCUUCUGGAAGGAAAGAAUUGGGACGUGAGUGCCGCCCUCAGUGAUUUUGAGCAGCUCAGUCAAGUACAUGCUGAGAAUCUGCCCCUGCCCUGUAGUGAAGGGAGUGGGAGUUCCAGGACCCCUGAAAAGGGGAUUUCUGAGAGAGAGCCUGCUACUCGCCCACCUCGGGCCACACUCCAGCGACAAGAUGACAUCGUUCAAGAGAAACGCCUGUCUAGGGGCAUCUCCCAUGCCAGCUCCAGUAUCAUCUCCCUGGCGCGCUCACACAUGUCUUCCAAUGGUGGGGCUAUGGGGGGAAGUGAGCACCCCCUGGAAAUGCCCAUCUGUGCCUUCCAGCUCCCAGACCUAACAGUGUACACUGACGACUUCCGAAGUUUCAUUGAGAGAGACCUCAUCGAGCAGUCAAUGCUGGUGGCCUUGGAGCAGGCAGGCCGUCUGAAUUGGUGGGUGAGCGUGGAUCCCACAUGUCAGAGGUUGCUCCCUUUGGCAACUACUGGAGAUGGAAACUGCCUCCUGCAUGCAGCCUCUCUUGGCAUGUGGGGCUUCCACGACCGGGACCUAAUACUGCGGAAAGCUCUCCAUUCUCUCAUGGAGAAGGGUCUUGAGAAGGAAGCGCUGAGGAGGCGAUGGAGGUGGCAGCAAACACAGCAGAACAAAGAGUCAGGACUGGUUUAUACAGAGGAAGAGUGGCAGAAGGAAUGGAACGAGCUUAUCAAGCUUGCCUCAAGUGAACCCCGGAUGCAUCUCGGUACCAAUGGAGCCAACUGUGGUGGAGUGGAGAGCUCCGAGGAGCCUGUGUAUGAGAGCCUGGAAGAAUUCCAUGUCUUCGUCCUCGCCCACGUGCUUCGGAGGCCCAUAGUGGUGGUGGCGGACACUAUGCUGAGGGACUCCGGGGGAGAAGCUUUCGCCCCUAUUCCCUUUGGGGGAAUCUACCUACCCUUGGAGGUUCCAGCCAGCCAGUGUCACCGCUCCCCACUGGUGCUCGCCUAUGAUCAAGCCCAUUUCUCGGCGCUUGUGUCCAUGGAGCAGAAGGAUAACAUCAAGGACCAAGCUGUGAUCCCACUGACUGAUUCUGAACACAAGUUGCUGCCCUUACACUUUGCAGUGGACCCUGGGAAGAGCUGGGAAUGGGGCCGCGAUGACAGUGACAACGUCCGAUUGGCCAGUGUUAUUCUAUCCCUGGAGGUCAAGUUGCAUCUGCUUCAUGGCUACAUGAACGUGAAGUGGAUCCCAAUGUCCUCGGAUGCCCAGGCGCCCCUGGCCCAGCCUGAGUCCCCCACUGCCUCUGCUGGUGAUGAGCCCCGUUCCACUCCGGAGUCUGGAGACUCUGACAAGGAGUCUGUUGGCAGCAGCUCCACCGGCACCGAGAGUAGCAGGAGGAGAGAAAAGGCAAAACGAGACCGGGAGAAGGAGAAGAAACGAGCUGACUCAGUGGCCAACAAACUGGGCAGCUUUGGCAAAACCCUAGGCAGCAAGCUAAAGAAGAACAUGGGUGGCCUGAUGCAUGGCAAGACAGCCAAGCCUGUGGGGCAGGGCCUGGGUGCCGAGACACUGGACAAGAAGAAGAAGAACUCACUCAAGAGCUGGAAGGGAGGCAAGGAGGAGGCAGCAGGUGACGGGCCAGUGGCAGACAAGCCCCUGGCUGAGGCAGCUGUCAACGGUGGGAGCAAGUACAGCCAUGAAGUGAUGCAGAGCCUGAGCAUCCUGCGGGCAGCCAUGCAAGGGGAGGCCAAGUUUAUCUUUGUGGGAACCCUGAAGAUGGGCCUUCGCCACCAGUACCAGGAGGAGAUGAUCCAGCGCUACUUGGCAGACGCCGAGGAGAGGUUCCUGGCUGAGCAGAAACAAAAGGAAGCUGAGAGGAAGCUCGUGAAUGGGGGGGUUGGGGGUGGCCCUCCUCCAGCCAAGAAGCCGGAGCCUGAUGGGGAUGAUGGGCUGCUAACGGUGGCCCCAGCCGAGUCCAAGGCCAUGGCCUUCUCUGCCGGCUACCCGGGGGGCUUCACCAUCCCUCGGCCAUCUGGGGGUGGCAUCCACUGCCAGGAACCCCGGAGGCAAUUGGCAGGGGGACCCUGUGGAGGGGGCCUCCCUCCCUAUGCCACCUUCCCCAGACAGUGCUCCCCAGGUCGAGCCUGCCCCACUCCAGACAGCCUUUCCCCAGAGCCAGCCAGUCACUCCAAGGAUGGUGCUCCCCGAGGCGCCUUGUUACCACAGCCCUUUCGUGUGGCUGACUCCUACAGCAACGGUUACAGAGAGCCCCCUGAACCUGAUGGGUGGGCCAGGGGCCCUCAGGGGCUUCCCUUGACGCAGACCAAAUGCAAGCAGCCCAACUGCAGCUUCUAUGGACACCCUGAGACCAACAACUUCUGCUCCUGCUGCUAUCGGGAAGCGAUGCGGAGGCGGGAGCGGGAACCAGGAGGGGAGCUGCUGCUGCACAGGUUCUGAUGUCCCGACAUGGUGUGCAAGGGGCGGAACAAGGACAGUGAGGCGCCACCAGUUUGCUCAGGGUGUGUCACAGGGCAGACAUGGGCUGGUGCAGGAGCCCAGCCAGAAACUUGGUGGUCGUGUGCCAGCAGGAGAGGGAAGCUGCACCAGGCCCUGGCCUGGAGAGUUGGACUUGACAGGAAAGAGGAGGGACAGGACGGACCUAGUGCUGGUUCAUCCCAGGACCAGGGCAGAGUGGCAUGGGAAGGAGUGUGUGGGUAGGUGGGUAGGCAGAGGUCUGGGAGAAGUACAGGCAACCAAGGGUCACAGGCAAUAAAAGAGAUACCAGACCAGAGUUCCUUCAGGUUGGAACAAGCAUGUGUUGGUGGGAUCAGGAAUGUGGAGGGAACCCUGGAGAUGGGACCCGCUUGCUGUGGAUUGGAAUAAAAGUAGUAAGCAGGGUCUCCUGAAGGGUCUGGACAGGCAGCCGUCACUUGGGCUCUUAGAGAAGGGAGUUGGGGCGCUUCUUCCGGAGCUUUAUGUCCCCUCUCUUCUACUUGCUCUGAUGGACUAUCUGCCACCCUUUUGCUUCCUAAUUUUUUUUGAAGGCUGAGUUCAACUGAGUUAGGAAGGUUGUGAUUUGCUUUUAUUAAAGGAGAAAAAUUCUCCUCAGAAGGAACUAACAGAGGUAACUGCUUAUGUGUACCAUGCGCUGACACAGAGGUGAUCUGAGUGCUUAGCAGUAACCACACUGCAGAGUGUGGAGUGUGAGGAUGGGAGAAAGAAAGACCUUUGGCCACACUACUUCAAACAAUACCAAAAACCAAGAUCGAGCACCACUCUCCUCUGCUGCUACAUUUCUGGAAAAUACAAAUUGGGUUUUUUUUUUU